AUGUCAGGGCUUCCGUCUAACGAGGCCCGUCAUGACCGCAAUAGCACCAAUUCACAUGGAAGAAAACAGAGCACUUUAGAACUGGGUGUACGCCGAGCCUCGGAUUUCUUGUGGAAUCCGCAGACAAUCGCCUCGAAUGCCUUGCCUUGUCCUAACCAGGAUGAUAACAACAAGUUGGUCAUGAGCUUUGAAGAAGCCCAAGGGAGUCUUCCACCAGGAGUCACUCUCAGUGAGAGCGAUCCGGGAAACCGAUAUGAGCCGACAACUGGCACUGUGUGGGUGGGUGGAGUAGAGAUGACUCUGGCGCAAUUCAUCAGCCAUGUUCAUGCCCAGCGUCACCCUUCAUUACCUCCAACUGGGUCGCCGAAGGGCAUGCUUGAACAAGCCAUCAGUUCAUCUCCAGAGGCGGGAUUUCAGACUUGGGACAACCGAGGCGUGGACUCCUUGAAGGCCGAUAUCCUUUGGACGCACCUGAAUCUUCCAAGGGAGAGGUCCCAAGGGAUUCUGGGAGCAAGUACAUCGAGUCGUUCUGCUCUCAAUUCAGAUAGUGCAGCAACAGGCAGUCAAAGUCAAGCUUGA